CUUGGUCUUAUUGUCUGUGUCUUUUUAAAGAUCAACGUUUGUUAGUUUAAUCAACUUUUGUUUUGAUACUAAUUAAUUGUUUUCUGUUUAAACUAAUGUUUUAAUCAUGCUGUUAAAUGCUUAUUUGUUGAGUGUAUUUUGUCUCACAGUGACAUGGGAUCGGUCAACUGCAACUCAAGUAUUACGUCCAAGAGGAGUUGCUUUGCAAAAGAAAAUAUUUUACGAUCCAAGUAAAGACUUCAACUGCCUUGAUGGGUCUCUUUCAAUUCCUUUUGUUUUCGUCAAUGACGAUUACUGUGAUUGUGCCGAUGGAUCUGAUGAACCUGGUACACCGGCUUGUCCCAAUGCUCUUUUCCAUUGUUCAAAUUUAGGCUAUCAAACUUGGGAUAUCCCGUCAUCUCGUGUUAACGAUGGAAUCUGUGAUUGCUGUGAUGGUAGUGAUGAAUACAAUAGUACUAUCAAAUGUAGUGACAUUUGCAGUGAGUUAGGAAAAGAAGCUUUGGAAGCUGCUCGACGAUUAAAAGAAUUGUUCAGCGAGGGAUCAAAAAUCAGAUUAAACCUGAUCAAAGAUGCAAAGAAUAAAGUUGAUGAAGAUGAGAGGAGACUAGAUGAGCUUAGAAAAGAAAUGGAUACAAUAGAAAAUGAGAAGAAAGAAAAAGAAGCCAUCAAAAAGCAAGUAGAAGAAGAGGAAAAAGCUGUUCUUGAUGAAUUCAAAGCUAAAGCUGAUGCUCAAAGAAAAGCUCAUGAAGAAGCAGAAAUGGUCAAGGCUCAAGAAGAGGAAAAAUUAUUGGCUGAAGCUGCGUUCAAUGAUCUGGACAGAAACAACGAUGGACUAUUGAACUACAAAGAGCUACAAGAAUUCACUCGAUUCGAUCAAAAUAAUGAUGGAGUUGUCGAUGCUGAUGAAGCUAAGUUUUUCCUUCAUAUGAAAGAGGAAAUGGCUCUUGAUGAAUUUACGACAACUGGUUGGAUAAUAAUGAAACCAUAUUACUUAAAAGACCAAAUGCCUGAAACAACUUACAAUGAACAACCAGAAACUGGUGCUCAUCCCGAUGUAGAAUUAGAAAAUCAUUCUCAUGCUACUGAUGAAGGAACAGACGAAGACAAUGAAGAUGCGAAUGCUGAUGAAGCUUUGGAAAGUGAAGAUGAAGCGAACGAAGAAGAACAUGGUCCACCCUAUAAUAUCCCUAAAAGACAUCACCCAGAUUCAACUGCCGCCGAUGUCUCUCUCCCAGAGUAUGAUGCUAAUACUUUAGCGAUCAUUGAAAAAUCUAAACAGGCCAAACAAGAAUAUUCUGAAAUCGAGUCAAAGUUUUUGAAUUUAAAUAAUCAAAUCAGAGAAAUCGAAGCUUCUCUUGAGAUGGAUUAUGGGCCAGAACGAGAGUUCGCCACUCUUCAUGGUCAAUGCUUCGAAUUUAGUGAUAGAGAAUAUACUUAUAAAUUCUGUCCAUUUAAUACAGCAACGCAACGUUCAAAAUCAGGUGGAGGUGAAACAAACCUCGGAACUUGGAGUAACUGGUCUGGAGGGGAACAAUAUCGUUAUUCACGAAUGAGAUGCAACGGUGUUCAAUGUUGGAACGGUCCCGCCCGAUCUGUUGAUGUUCACCUUAAAUGUGGCCUUAACAAUGUUUUAAUCUCAACAAGUGAACCAUCAAGGUGUGAAUAUCGUUUCGAAUUUGAAACUCCUGCUCUUUGCAGGCCAGAGGCUGAACAUGGGCACUCACAUGAACACACGGAGCUUUAAUUUGAGCAUCGGGAACAAUCGGUGAAAAGGAACCAUCAUUUUAACAAAUUAAUGAUGUUAAUCUACAUCAAGUCCUUCAGAUGGAUUUUCACUUUUCUUUUCGAUGCACAUUCCUCUCAAUUGUUAAUAAAUUUGAUUAUUUAUA